AUGGGGAGGUGGCUGAGGCCUGGCGAGAAUUCAAGCCAGGGCGCGGGCAGUCUGGCAGUGCUGGGGAACCUGGCACACCCUCUGCAGCUGCUGGCCCAGGUGCUCAGCCGCUCACUGCCUAGGGUUAAUAGUGCCAGCCGGCAGGCUGCUCCAAGUGCAGGACCCGCCAAGCCUGUGCCCACCCGUGAGCACCCACGUGCAGCCACAGUUCCCACGGGCGCCUCUCCCUCCACACCUCCCUGCAAGCAGAGGGAGCCAGCUCCCACAGUGCAGUGUAAGGCAGAGGACGACGACACACUUCAUCUUCCGGUGAAUUGGUUGAUAGAAGAUCUUUCCCGGAAAACGUUGCUUUUAAGCAGAAUCCUACAGCGUUUGAAACAGUUUGCCAGGUACACCAGGUGGGGCUUUCCUUCUUCCACAACACCUCGCGCUCUUCCUUUCCAACUUGGACCCGGCAGAAGGGCUUCCGCAAAGAAGGGUGGCGAGAAGAAAAAGGGCCGUUCUGCCAUCAACGAGGUGGCGACCCGAGAAUACACCAUCAACAUUCACAAGCGCAUCCAUGGAGUGCGCUUCAAGAAGCGUGCCCCUCGGGCACUCAAAGGGAUUCGGAAAUUCGCCAUGAAGGAGAAGGGAACUCCAGAUGUGCGCAUUGAUACUAAGCUCAACAAAGCUGCCUGGGCGAAAGGAAUAAGGAAUGUCCCAUACCGAAUCCGUGUGCGGCUGUCCAGAAAACGUAAUGAGGAUGAAGAAUCACCAAAUAAGCUCUAUACGUUGGUUACCUAUGUACCUGUUACCGCUUUCAAAAAUCUGCACACAGUCAGUGUGGAUGAGAACUAA